UAUGUCUCGGCAUUUAUCCUUUAGUCUCUAUUUCAUCACCUCCCACCAGAGCCAGAAAAAGGUUCUUUACCCGUACAAAACUUCAGAGUCAUAGAACACCAAGUCUCAGGACCGUCAGCUACACCCAUAGGAGAAAUCACAAGAUGGGUUCUCAGCAGGAACAUAUAGUGAUGCUCCCUUUCAUGGCCCAGGGCCAUAUCAUACCUUUCCUAGCUCUGGCUAAGCAAAUUCAGCAAAGAACUGGCUUCACCAUCACCAUUGCCAACACCCCUCUCAAUAUUCAAUACCUGAGGACCACCAUCUCCACAACAUCUGAUGACUCAUCCCGACCAUGUAUCCGCCUCGCCGAGCUCCCCUUCUGUAGCUCUGAUCAUGGCCUCCCGCCCAACACUGAGAACACUGAGGCCUUGUCGUUUCAUCAGAUAGUGGAUUUCUUCCACGCCUCCAAGACUCUCCAGGCUCCUUUUCACAGCCUCGUUUCUGGGAUCAUUGAGAAAGAAGGCAGGCCCCCUCUUUGCAUAAUAUCUGAUGUGUUCUUUGGAUGGGCUACCGAAGUUGCCAAGAGUUUAGGCACUUCUAACGUCACAUUCACCACCGGCGGUGGCUAUGGCACUGCCGCCUACAUCUCUUUGUGGCAGAACCUCCCGCAUCGCGCUACAGAUUCCGAUUACUUUGCUUUGCCAGGGUUUCCUGAUUCCUGCCGCUUCCACAUCACUCAGCUUCAUCAGUACCUGAGGGCGGCCGAUGGAACCGAUGCUUGGUCUAGGUAUUUCCAGCCUCAGAUAGCGCUUUCGUUGGACUCUUCAGGGUGGUUGUGUAACACAGUUGAGGAGAUUGAGCCUCAUGGAUUGGAGAUACUUAAAAACCAUGUAAAGCCUCCUGUAUGGACUAUAGGACCUCUUCUCCCUCCAGCUCUGCUCAAUCAUUCACUUUCUUCGGGUUCAAGCAUCUUCGGGCAACGAGCCUGGAAAGUGCCUGGAGUGUCUCCCGAGAAAUGCCUGGACUGGCUGGACAAGCAUCCACAAAGUUCAGUUCUUUACAUCUCCUUCGGUUCACAGAACACUAUUAGUCCUUCUCAGAUGAUGGAGCUAGCUUUGGGCUUGGAAGACAGCGGGAAACCCUUCAUUUGGGUGAUUAGGCCUCCAGUGGGUUUCGACAUAAAAGGUGAGUUUCGAGCAGAAUGGUUACCAGAAAACUUCGAACAGAGAAUGGCUGAGAGCAACCAAGGCCUGAUAGUCCACAAAUGGGCACCCCAAUUGGAGAUCCUGUCACACAAAUCAACUGGGGUCUUCCUCAGCCACUGCGGAUGGAACUCAGUGAUGGAGAGCUUGUGCGUGGGAGUUCCAAUCAUAGGGUGGCCGUUGGCUGCAGAGCAAUGCUAUAACUCUAAAAUGCUGACGGAGGAUAUGGGAGUGGCUGUGGAGUUGACAAGAGGAAGGCAGGGCGCACUGGAGAGGAAAGAGGUGAAGAGAGUUAUAGAAUUGGUUAUGGACAGUAAAGGGAAAGGCGAGGAGAUGAAGAAGAAGGCAACUGAGAUUGGAGAGAAGAUAAGAGAUGCAAUGAGAGAGGGAGGGUCUUCUUUGAAAGCCAUGGAUGAUUUUGUAUCCACAAUGCUUUCCAAGAGACAAGGUUACUGAGGAUCUCCUUGGUUGAAUAAUCAAUUGAAACUAUGAAGAAACUAGCCAUACUAAUCUUCGAAUAAGAAAAACAGAGCUUUUUUUUUUUCUUUCCUUUUUUCGAUGAAUUAUUUCAUAGAAAGAUUGUCAUCUUCCAGUUUAUAAACAAGAAUCCUCUGUAUCUUUUAUUUAUAUUCAUUUCUUUCUUCCUUCA